UCUAUAUAAAAGGAGAAUCCUAAUCCCUACUGGUUUUUCUUCGAAAGAAGAUUGAACCAAAAUUCAAAUUUUGAAUUUCUAUAACGAGGGGAAAGUGAAAGAGGGAGAUGGAAACAGCAUCUAGCGACAUGAAGAGUUUCUACAGGCAAAGGAAGACCAAUAGAGGUGGCAUCACAAAAUCUUCUUCCAAAUCAACCUCUAAGUCCAAGAAGAAAUCGCCCAAAGACGCAGCCGCUAUCGGCUCUGAUAUCACCCAGCCGAGGGCCCUCAUUUCUCAUGGCGCACCGGAUCUUCAAGAUGAUUAUGACAAACAUGAGGAAGCGUUGAGGCAAUUUGACAUGAACAUGGCAUUUGGGCCGUGCCUUGGGAUGACCCGGCUGGCUAGAUGGGAACGUGCUCAACGUUUGGGUCUGAACCCACCUGUAGAAAUUGAAGGUCUGUUGAAGGGUGGGAAAGUUAACUCAGAUUGCCUGUGGGAUGGCCGUGUUUAGAAAUUGUUAACAGUAUGCUUAGUGUGUUUUUAGAAUCUAAUGUGUUGCUAGUUUUUGUGAUUUUCCUUUUGUAAUUUUAAUGUUCAGCCUCUGGCUGUGCUGUUAGUAUGUCCACAUAUACUGAUGAACUAAUGAAUUUUCUCUGUUCUUAAUGGAGUUCUUUCUUUCUGAUAA